AUGAGUCUGUCCGUCCAAGCCCCAGACGCUAACAAGGGCUCUCAGCGUCGUCGUGAGCGAGGCCGACGCUCCCAAGCAGCUUUUCGCAAGAGGCAGGCCCUAUCAAACCAUGCGCUAGCAGAUCAAAAUGCAUGUCUGAGGCAAGGUAUACAGAGACUACUCGAUGCAGCUCAAGGCGAUGAGCGACCUAGGAUGCUUGGCAUCUUUCGUGAGCUUGCACUCGCUGCUGAUCUUGAAGUUUCACCGAAACUCGCCAUGGGAGGGACAGGGCUUUCGAGCACUGAGGCUUCAGAUGGCGAUACUCCCACCACAGAUACCAACAGCUUCCAGAGCUUGUUCGGCGACAUUCCCCUGCCAGUGAACCCAUCGCAAACAACCCAGUAUCGUCUCCAGUGUAGCAUGUGGCUAGACCCAUUGCAUUACCUCCGCGUCUCGCUCCCUCCUCAAGAUAUCUUGCCAUACCUUGGCGCUGGUGCAGAGACAUUUGCUGGUCUUCUCUUCUGGUCCGUCAUGGAGCAUUACCAGACAGUAUGCACGCAACACAACGCCAAAACAGUCAUCCAAAAAGGUCUGAAGCACUCCAAAGCCACAGCAGACAUCAAGCCCUCUUUCAUCGAAACCAUGGCAAAGGCAAGAGUCGAGUAUAAGCAAACCGGUUCCAUCAGCCAAGCACAUGCUGUCGCCGCUGAAAAGGAUCUGGGGCUUGUACUGUGCAAUCUCAUUGAGACAGAGUAUCGAUCCACGGGCAAGGAUCCAGACCAAUGGCUAUCGUGUAUUGGGAUUGAGAAACGACUAAAGAAGACAAUGAGUGAUGAUGUGUUGGAAAACUUGAGAAAUGCUGCGCUUGGGCAAGGGAACACAGGCCUACACUAUUUACUGGAAAAUGCCAAGUGCAGGCUGUACGAUAGCUGUGUCUGUUUUGGGGAUGGACCUCGAUGGGAUGUGAAGAUUGUUGAUGAGCUGUUCGCUCCUUUUAUAGAAUACUGA